AUGGCUGCGUCAAAGCCGCCGCCGCCGCCGCCGCCGCCUCCUCGCACCCCCCUCCAAAACCAUCCAUCAGCGCCAGCUCCAUCCUCGAAAGCCUGGUCCACCCUCCGCUCCCGCCAUCCUCUCCUCCCCCUCCUCCUCCUCUCCUCCCUCCUCACCCUCUCCUCCCUCCCCUCCGCUCGCCCUCCACCUCUCCCACCCCCACUGCCAGCUCCUCCUCUCGCUCCUCCACUCCUCUCCCCUCCCUCCCCCCGCAGUCCCUCCCCUCGUCUCCCCGUGCUCCUGGGUUUGGAGAUUGAGUGGGGUGGGAUUAGGGUUGGCGGGGAAUUGAGGAGGAAAGUUGAAGGGAGGAUUGUCUCGGUUGCGAAUUCUGUGGUUUCUGGUGGCCGCGGAGAGGGCGACGGGAUGGAGAAGAGGGUUUUGCUUCGUUGUAUUUCGCUGGGUCUGGUUCGUUGUGGGUCGAUUGGGUUCGAUUGUUCUUUGCUUUUGUGCCUUUGCUCGGCAUUGGUGGACGAAGUGUUUCCGUUGAGGGCUUUGAUUCCGAUGGCUCUUGAGACCCCGAAUGGGGAUUUUGAGGCGGCAAAAGAGCAUUUGGAAAGUGUUCUCUUUAACGAAGCGGGUGCGGUCACUGGUGCUUUCUGCAAUCAGUAUGCGAUGGCUGAUGACGAGCACAAGUUGAUAGCGGAGAAUUGUAUUUGGGAUUACUCAAAGGGGAUCUACUUAGAUCUUCGUAAAGCAGUGAUCUUACUAAGGGGGAAAGGUGACGAACUUAUUGGAAAUCUUGAUAAGAUCGCAGAAGCUGCGUUUCUUAUGGUUGUCGUCUUUGCUGCUGAGGUCUCCAAGCAAAAGUUGAAUUCAAAGUUGUCGGAACAGUUUAGGCCUGAGGUUGCUGUCAAGAUUUUAGUUGCAUUUUCAUGCAUAGAGUAUCUGAGGCGUGUUAGGUUGCCAGAGUAUACUGAGGCCGUUCGACGUGCUGUUUUGACUAUUCAGGAAAAUGCAGCUUUUUGUAGUUUAUUUGUGGAAUCGUUGCCUCCUUAUGCUGAGCUGACUAAUCAGAGAGGUUCGCUUGCUUUGGAGGGAAUGAGAUAUGUAUGGUGGGAAGAUGAGGUGCAAACUGCUCGAGUUUUAUUCUGGAUGCGGGUUAUACCAACUUGCAUUAGCUUAGUUCCUGCUUCUGUGUUUGGAAAGCUAGUUGCACCAACCAUGUUCCUAUACAUGCAUCAUCCAAAUGAGAAAGUUGCUCGGUCAUCACAUUCUGUAUUUGUAGCCUUUGUGUCCUCUGGGAAGGAUUGUGAACAGGAUGAUAGAUUGGCUCUGAAGGAGAAGCUUGUUUUCUAUUAUGUACAAAGAUCUUUAGAGGCAUAUCCUGGGAUUACCCCUUUUGAAGGUCUUGCUUCUGGAGUUGCAGCUUUAGUUCGACAUCUUCCUGCUGGAAGUCCAGCCAUAUUUUUCUGUAUUCAUAGCCUUGUUGAGAAAGCAACUGAUCUUUGUUCGAAAGCAUUGAAUCAAGAUUCAAACCUGUGGAAGAGAUGGGAAGGGAAUACAGAGCCUUGUAAGAAAGUUUUGGAUUUGCUUCUGCGACUCAUCGCUCUUGUGGAUAUACAGGUAUUGCCAUACUUGUUGAAGCAGUUGGCUGAGUUCGUAGUUCAACUGCCUAAAGAGGGGCAGAAUGUUUUGCUAGACGAGAUGCAUGCUCAGGUUGCUGAAUCUGAUGAUGUUACAAGGAAACCAGUUCUUGUUUCAUGGCUGCAGUCACUUUCCUACUUGUGCUCUCAAAAGAAACCCACUUCACUCAGAAAAGGCGAUGAAGCCAAAUCGCAUGAUUUUGAUGGAACUUUGCAAUUGAACCAGACCAGUUCCCGCCUCUGAGAAUGUGUUCUCAUGCGUGAAAAUAAGUUUGCAUUUUUCUUGAUUAAUGUAACUUAGGCUCACAAUAAAUUUUUAAAAAAUGGCAUGGAUGUGUAUUGUAUAGCGGAAAUAAUAAUACUGUUUUCAGUCUUCUCUAUUGAUAACGGGAAGGCUGAUUUUUUUUUUUAUUUUUUACUUUUUAUAACUUGUAAUUAUGACAUUCUGUCAAUUGUUUCUUGUUGACAGGAGUAUAGCGGAGAAUAUUGCAAUUUUACAUUUUUGA